AUAUGAAAGAUGAUCCAAAAUCUGUGAAAAAAAUCAUUGAAACGAAAUGUUGGUUGGAAAAUGGAGGAGGAGCCUCCCUUUCUUGGUUGGGAGUGGGAGUAGGAGCUUACGUUCAGAUGCAGCUUUGGAAGCCAUAGCUAAAGCUUCAGAAGAUAAAGUUCCCAAUAUAGUUCUCUAUAAUUACCCUUCGUUUUCUGGAGCAUUUUCCGCUCUCUUUGCUCACCUCUUCCACACUCGUCACAAUCUCCCUUCCCUUAUAUUGCCCUUCUCUUCGGUUCCCUCUCUUUCUUUCAGGGUUGAGGAUUUGUGCAUUGAAGGCCUUGAGACAUGCUAUAUGCUUGACUUUCUUCCUCCGAAGGAAUUUCUUUUCAAACUUUCCCGUCAAUCAAAAUGCAGGGUUAUUGUGUUUGAUCAUAGGAAAUCAGUACUUAGACAUAUUCCCUCUGCCAAUGAUUGCCCUGAGAAUGUUAUGAUUAAUGUAAACCUUGAGAAGAGUAGCUCCAGUGCUGUUUAUGAAUACUUUGACAGCAAACAUGAGGAUAUUAGAGUUUCUUAUGAUAAGGAUGUGGUUCCGAUUUUGGUGGACUCAAAAGACAAAGGCCGUGUGGAGCUGAUGCUUAAGUAUAUUGAGGAUGGAGAUCUUCACCGGUGGAGCUUACCUGGCAUUAAGGCCUUUAAUAUUGGACUGAAUGAAUGGCGGUCAAAGUUUAGCUGCAUUUCUAAUCCAUACAUGUAUAAACAGUUGCUGGAAUUAUGUGCUGAAGAUUUAAUUGCUAAAGGAAAUUCAUAUCUUUCAGCUCGCCAGAAUGCUGCAAGUAAAUUGCUGGAAAAGGUUUUUAGGGUUCGGCUGGGUAGAGGAUUUUAUGGAGAGUGCCUGGGAGUUCGGGCAGAUGGGAACUCCAACUUAAAUGAUGAAAUUGGCAAGCUUCUUAGUGUAAAAAGUGCUGCUACUGGUCUGAGGCCCAUAGGGGCUGUGAUAUUUAUGCAACGGAAUAAUCUCAAAAUGUGUUUGCGUAGCACUGACAGCGCUACUGAUACCUCUGAAGUUGCAAAGGCAUAUGGUGGAGGAGGUUCCCCAAGUUCAAGCUCCUUCAUAAUAAGGAUGGAUGAGUAUAACCAAUGGAUUUCAAUGAAAUUGUCAUGAUGGUUUCUAGGUUUGAGUAUCUAAUAUUGUUUUUACUUCAAUAUUUAUGGCAAUGUAUCUUAUUUUAUUCUUUCUCUUCAUGAAAUUACAUGUUGAGAGUUCGAGACUAUUAUUAGUUUCGUCGGUAUAAUACUAGUUGGAUAGUAGAAUUGUAUGAAAUAUAUAUGGGUUAUAUUUAUCUUAUGUUGUAAGAAAAUGAUUAUCUCAUGUUAUAGAAAUAAAAUUACAAGUGUGACCCAUAUGUAAGAGGAGAGAGAAAAAAUAGAUGUGGGACACACCUUCACUUUGUGUGUGUAGAAAGCUUGUUUGUCUUAUGCAAUAUAAGAUAAAUAUAACCCAAUAUAAAAUAGCAAAUUUUCAUCUACUAUUUUACCAACAUAAAAUGGUUUUCCUUUGGAGCAAAUGUUCCUGCUGACUUAAUGAUUCAGGUUUAUUUUCUUUUUUAACAUGGUGCAUGAUGGAGAAUACCAGCUUAUGUCUGUCAUGCUAACCUGAUCGUUUGAUAAAUUUGCUAGCUGCCUUUAGAGAUUGAAAUCACCAGUGACAAUAUGUCGGCUCUUCUGCUUGAUUGAAUAAAUUAUUUGAAGUGGCAUUAAAAGGGAUCUAUUAGGGAAGAUACAGAUGAUGUGAUGACAAUAGAACCCUUGCAUUAUCCAUUUGAUAUCGAAGAUUAUGGUCAGUGGCAGAGCUAGGAAAAAAAGUCAGGUAGUGCCAAAAGAUUCGGCCAGGUAGAAUCAGGUAGUGCCAAGGUUGUAUUAUUUUUAAAAAUCCAACUAAUGUCAAGGUUGUGUCAUAAUUUUUUAAAACCAUUUUAAAAAAUUAGGUGGUGCCUACCCAAGUGGCUCUCUGCCACUAAUUAUGGUAGUGUUAUCAUGACAUAUUUGUAGACUGUCCUAAUAUUGGUGUUGCACAUGAUGAGACUAGGGAAAAGAAGUUAGAGCGUGAACAAGAAGGAAGCAUUCAUCUUGGGGGUAAACAAGCAGCUAUUGAGGUUGAAUUUAAGGACAAAGAAGUGGAAGAUAAUAUUCAAGUUUAUCCAAUUGAAAAGAUAAACAUUCUUGACUGUGACUAGUUUGAGAACUUAGCAGUUAACACUGCCGCUGCUGUUGUUUCUUCCAUCACCAGUGUCUGCCAACUUUACAGAUUUUAGUUAGAGUUUAUGGUUAUUGUCGCAAUUUUUUUUUAUCAUUUUCAGCCAAA